CGCGAGAUGAGAAAGCAGGUGGAGAAUGAGUUGCGCAGCGCGCAACGCGCAGCAGCAACACCAUCUGGACCAUUGCGCUAAGAUCCUGCGAAGCCGUGCGAGAAAACGGUGCUUGUAAACACGCUGAUGGAGAUGGAUAAUUAUGCGCACUGACGGUGUCCAGUAUGUUUACACUUGAAGAAGAAUAGCGUGUCAAAAUGAAAUUACGAGGAAACAACUGGAAGGUCGUUACGCGCGCCAAACGCCGACGCUGCGUAAAAACGGAGGAAACGUUACCAACACGGAUGCAACAACAAUAAUAGCCUAGCCUACAUAUUAUUGUCUACAACUGCCGUUCUUUAGCGGGAAAUAAAGUAAAAGUCUUUGUGUAGUAUAUGUCAUCCUGACGGGCUUUUGGUCGUUGGCGCCUAGUGGGAUGCGCAUCAGGGUUCUGCCCUAUUCCUUCUCAGUCGUAAUGGCCGCUCUGUAUCAGUGCACGGACGUGUCCUCUCCGGAUUCAUUUCUGGCCCUGAAAGACUUGAGGGAGGUUAAGGAGGAGACUACUCUAGACGAGAAGCUCUUCCUACUGGCCUGUGAGAAAGGUGACUGCUACAUGGUGAAGAGGCUGCUGGAGGAGAAGGCAGACUGUGUAGACGUGCUGGGGAGAGACGCUGUCACCAUCUCCAUAGAGAACCAAAACCUGGACAUCCUUAAGCUGCUGCUGGAGCAUGGCUGCCAGACAACAGAUGCUCUGUUAGUGGCCAUCGACUCAGAGGUGGUGGGAGCUGUGGACAUCCUCCUCAACUAUUGCCCCAGGAGGUCCUCCAAGCCCUCCAUCGCUAAACUGAUGCAGCGGCGUGUGAACACAGAGUACUCCACCACCAUGGAUGUGGCUCCAGUGAUCCUGGCGGCCCAUAGGAACAACUAUGAGAUCCUGACCAUGUUGCUGAAGCACGAUAUCUCCCUGCCCAGGCCACACGCUGUGGGCUGUGAGUGUACUCUCUGUAACGCCAAGAACAAGAAGGACAGCCUUCGACACUCCAGGUUUCGUCUGGACAUCUACAGGUGCCUGGCCAGCCCAUCUCUGAUCAUGCUGACCGAGGAGGACCCCAUCCUUAGGGCCUUUGAGCUGAGUGCUGACCUCAGAGAGCUCAGCCUGGUGGAGGUGGAGUUUAGGAAUGACUAUGAGGAGUUGGCUAAGCAGUGUAAGAUGUUUGCUAAGGACCUCCUGGCCCAGGCGCGUAACUCCAGAGAGCUGGAGGUGAUCCUCAACCACACGGCCAACGAAGGCACGGUGGACAAGAGAGGCCUGAUGGGGGAACGCAUCAACCUCAGCCGACUCAAACUAGCCAUCAAGUACAACCAGAAAGAGUUCGUGGCCCAGUCCAACUGCCAGCAAUUCCUUAACACCGUCUGGUUCGGCGAGACAGCCAGCUACCGGCGUAAACACACGUGUCUGAAGAUGGCCACGGUGCUGAGUGUGGCAGUGCUGUGGCCGCUGCUCUCUCUGUGCUAUCUGGUGGUGCCGCGUUCCCGCGUGGGCCAGAUCAUCCACACGCCCUUCGUUAAGUUCAUCAUCCACAGUGCUUCCUACUUCACCUUCCUCCUGCUCCUCAACCUCUACUCUCUGGUGUACAACGAGGGCAAGAAGAACACCAUGGGCCCCGCCUUGGAGAUGAUCGACUAUCUACUCAUACUCUGGAUCAUAGGGAUGGUUUGGUCGGACGUGAAGCGUCUAUGGUAUGAGGGCUUGGAGGACUUCCUGGAUGAGUCGAGGAAUCAGCUGAGCUUCGUCAUGAACUCUCUCUACCUGUCCACCUUCGCCCUCAAGAUAGUGGCCCACAGCAAGUUUGAGAACGUGGAGGACACAGAGAGGAAGAAGUGGGAUGCCUUCCACCCCAUCCUGGUGGCUGAGGGGCUGUUUGCCUUCGCUAACGUCCUGAGUUACCUGCGGCUGUUCUUCAUGUACACCACCAGCUCCAUACUGGGUCCACUGCAGAUCUCCAUGGGCCAGAUGCUGCAGGAAUUUGGGAAGUUCCUGGGUCUGUUCCUGCUGGUGCUGAUCUCCUUCACCAUCGGCCUGACGCAGCUCUAUGGGAAGGACCAGAAGGACCCGGCCAAGAGCCCCGCCAAGGACUGCGAGGGCAUCUUCUGUAAGCAGCAGAGCAACGAUGCCUUCCACACGUUCAUGGGGACGUGCUACGCCCUGUUCUGGUACAUCUUCUCUCUGGCCCACGUGGCUCUCUUCGUGACCCGCAUCAACUACACGGAGGAGCUGAGGUCGUUUGUGGGAGCCCUCAUCGUGGGCACGUACAACAUCGUGGUGGUCAUCGUUCUCACCAAGCUGCUGGUUGCCAUGCUACACAAGAGCUUCAGGCAGAUCGCUAACCACGAGGAUAAGGAAUGGAAGUUUGCCUGCGCCAAGCUGUGGCUGAGCUACUUUGACGAAAAGUGCACCCUACCGCCCCCCUUCAACAUCCUGCCCUCCCCCAAGACAGUGUGUUACCUGCUGACCAGUAUGAGUAAAUGGAUCUGCUCCCACACCUCCACGGGGAAGGUCAAGAGACAGCACAGCCUCAAGGAGUGGAGGAACCUGAAGCAGAAGCGUAAUGAGAACUACCAGAAGAUCAUAUGUUAUCUGGUCCAUCGCUACCUGACGUCCACCAGGCAGAAGAUGCAGAGCACCGACCAGGCCACCGUGGAGAACCUCAACCACCUGCGGCAGGACCUCUCCAAGUUCCGCAACGAGAUGAGAGACCUGCUAGGCUUCAGAACCUCCAAGUACACCAUGUUCUACCCACGGAGCUAGGACUGAUCUGGUCUCAACCCCAACCUGAACCACCCCUGAGUCCAACCCCUCCAACCCAACCUCAACCAACCAGCUAAGACUGUUCUCAACCCCAAACCACAACCCCAACCGUCCCUCUCAGCUUCUUCACGCAGGGGGUCGUACCCCUGACCCUAGCAUGCUCAGAAACCACUUUGUGUCCAGUCACAGAGGAGAGACAUUUAAACCAGCAGCUCAUCUGGAAAUAUAUACUGUAUAUUCUGCACCAAAGUCUCCAGAUUCAGCCCCCUAAUGUAAUAAUAUAUGUAAUAAUAUAUGGAAUAAUAUUCAGGCAUCCUACUUGUUUUAUAAAAAUGUCGUUAUUCUCAACAAAAUACUAUUGAUUGAUGUGACUUUGCAGAGGUGUGGACUCGAGUCACGUGACUUGGACUUGAGUCUGACUCGUCACAAAUCUGAUGACUUGUGACUCGAUUGAAAAUGAAAUAACUUGAGACUUGACUUAGAGCCUCAAGUCUCGGGACUCGACUUUGACUUGAGACUGGUGACUUGAAAUGAUCUGGCCAGGUUUUGUAACGUUUUUGUCACGCAUUUUUGUGGCAUAGUCUCAUUGGAUUACUCUCCAUGCAGCCAGAGACAGUAUCGCACUUGCAAAAAAAAACAGAUUGGCUAUUGAAACGCCCUCUGAUUGGACCAAUCAACACAGGUCGGGUGAGUUUGCGCAAUGAGAAGGUUUUGGGUGGUUGCGAAUGUGAAACUGAAAGGGAAAAAUAUAUAUUUUCAUACAUAUUUUAAUACAUAUAGCCUACCAUUUCUAUUGGAUAUUUAUACCUUUGCUUAUUUGAUCUGGUCACUAACAUAGGUCUACGGCAUUGCACCAAAUUCUUGUUUCAAAAACAUCUAAUCUGUGCUUCAGAGCCAAAAGGUUGCACAUCUUGACUGUUGACCAAUGACCAGUCAUCAGCUUUUGUGCACAAAGGGGGCGCACAUAUCCACAUUACAUACUCUCUAUACCGGGCACGCGCGUGCACCGUCGCGCGCAUCCUGAUUUUGUAAAUUCACACCAGUUACAAUCCAGAGCACGCUGGUUGAAAUAUCAAAAUGAACCCUGAACCAACUAUAUUAAUUUGGGGACAGGUCGAAAACACAUGAAACA